AUGAAUACUACCGUCCUCGAUGAGAUUCUAGCGGAACUCAAGAAGCAGAGAACGGUGAACCAUCAACAUGCCAGCGACUACAGAGCGUUGGCACAGCUCUUGGGAGCAGAUGGCCGUCUUGACAGAAAACGGACCUCGAUGGUCAUGAAGAAAUCAAUGCCAUUCAACAACAUGAUCGAUGCCAGCAGUAUCACUACUCUGGAUGAGGAAUGGCUUUACAAUUACCCAGACUUCUUGCUGACCAAGAACAUCGAUUUGCACCAGCAACUCAAGUCGGCUUUUGCCAAAAGCUUUGACCAGUACAGACUCGUCGAUGAAUACAGCUCCGUCAUAGUCAAAGCUCUUGCGUCUUUAAAUGGAAGGUUGUCGGAGAAUUUUCCAUUCUCACACUUCAAGCUCGACUGGGCCAUGGAUGGCCUGGUGGCAAGCCUGCCGAAACAAAAGAGCAGACGACGGAAACGAGGAAAGCGGGAUUUUGGCGCUUUCAUCUCUUACCUGCCCGGCCCUAAUCCCAAUGAAGAACUCUGGGACACAAUCUCUGAGGCUCGAUCUGCAAUCAAGGCAAAAAAACGUUUUCUGUGGCUACCUUUGCGUUCCGACCCACAGACAGCCCUUCUUUGCUGGCUCGCCACUACCGAAGCAGAGAAGCCUGCCAUGUCCCUAUUCUUUGAUCGUCACGCAGAAUAUGAAAACCAUCUGUGGGAUGACACCACCAUGGUCCUUAAUGUCUGGCAAACAGAGCUUCACAUGUCUUUCUGGGUAAUCUACGAAAAGAGACAACCACUUUGCCCAGGCUUGCCCCAUCCAAUCAUAGCGCCUUGGCCCAGAGGCUCUGAAAAAGAGCUGAGACGUGCGUCAAUGAGCUUCCGUUUCGAUGGCGACUUCUUCGACCGCUACUGGACAUGCCACUUUAUCCAAUACGUCCCUGGUGUUUCGCGCAUUGUGCGCGGCGUUCCAGGGGACCCGGGUGCAAACCUUCGCCAGGAUAAACAAUUUUGGCAGCGAAAGGUUCUGGAAUUGCAGCUUCUUCAACACAUGUUGGGGCUUAUCCUGGUCGCAUCCAAUAAGAUAUUGAACGUCAUCGAAACAGAGCUUGGACUAAAGAAAGGGAAUCUCAUCUUCUCCGUACUGACAACGGAGGCGUACUCACUAUCAGAAGAUCGUUGGCAGAUAUAUGAGGAGCUUCUACAGAAAGCAGAGGAAGAUAUCACGUCAUCCUUGAGCACACUUUCUAAAUGGGCUACUAGGGAAGUCGAUCGUGGUCAAGAAAGGCCUAGGUGGACACGGAACGAUGAGAGAAAAUACCGAGGGUACAUCAACAAGCUGCGCAACCAGACCGAAAGGCAGCGAUGGGAUCUUGAGAAUUGCCGCGACAAGAUGUGCAAGCUGAGGGAGACCUUAAUCACACGCCGAGACAAUGUACGAGCCGACCUUGAGGCAAACAGGGAGCAGAACAUCCGGUACUUCACGUACGUGACUGUCAUCUUUCUGCCUCUCGGGUUCGCAUCGAGCUUCUACAGCAUGAACGGCGCGCCUAGUAACGACUUGAUCGUCUCUCUCGCGAAGUUCGCCGCUGCCGCCUUUGCAGUCACUGCCAUCUUGGUUUUCGGUGUCAGCGUUUUUGUUGCCGCGAGUGCGAAGGCACUUUCUGUGGUCAAUUUCAUGAUUUCUAGGACCAAGCAGGCCAUUCAUGUGGUCAACCGGAAGGUGCAAAAAUACUCAUACGGUACCAGGCUGGAGUCUCUCCUGGUCAAGGGCACGAUGACCUACAAUGGGCACCGUGAAUCACAGAGGCUGCACCAGGCAUACUUUAAGAAGGAUUGGUUGGACAUCUCUAUCAGCUUCUCGUGGAUUGGCUGA